AAACAACUUCAUUUAACCACUCUGUCUCUUAAAAAAAUACCGCCAAUCAGUCCACUCCCUCUCCGAUCAUUUCCCCUUCUCAUGAAACCAAGCUCAUAAAGAGCGACGUCGUUUUCUCGACCGAAAGAAGUUCUGUAAAACAUGACUUCGGGAACGAGAAUGCCGACGUGGAAGGAGAGGGAGAACAACAAGAGACGAGAGCGGAGAAGACGAGCCAUCGCCGCGAAGAUCUACUCAGGCUUGAGAAUGUACGGUAACUACAAGCUUCCUAAACACUGCGACAACAACGAGGUCUUGAAAGCUCUCUGUAAUGAAGCCGGGUGGACCGUCGAAGAAGACGGCACCACUUACAGAAAGGGUUGCAGACCUGUAGAACGCAUGGACAUUAUUGGAGGGUCUGCAUCAGCUAGUCCAUGCUCAUCAUAUCAGCCAAGUCCAUGUGCAUCCUACAAUCCAAGUCCUGCCUCAUCUUCCUUCCCUAGUCCACGUGCAUCUCAUUAUGCUGCCAAUACAAAUGGUGGUGCUGAUGCCAAUUCCCUCAUACCAUGGCUCAAAAACCUCUCUUCUAGCUCAUCAUCAACUUCAUCUAAACACCCCCACCAUCUCUAUAAUCCUGGGGGUUCCAUAAGUGCUCCAGUGACGCCUCCAUUGAGCUCCCCAACUGCCCGAACUCCUCGAACAAAAAAUGACUGGGAUGACCCUGCUGCCGGCUCAGCCUGGCCCGGGCAGCAUUAUUCUUACAUGCCAUCAUCAACCCCACCAAGUCCUGGCCGUCAAGUCCUGCCUGAUUCAGGAUGGCUUGCAGGAAUUCAAAUUCCCCAAAGUGGUCCAUCAUCUCCUACAUUCAGCCUUGUCGCACGAAAUCCAUUUGGUUUUAGAGAGGAGGUUUUUUCAGGUGGACCGUCACGGAUGUGGACUCCUGGACAAAGUGGAACCUGCUCUCCUGCAGUUCCUGCUGGUGUUGAUCAAACAGCAGAUGUUCCAAUGACAGAUGGGAUUGCAGCUGAGUUUGCAUUUGGCUGUAAUGCAACGGGUUUGGUGAAGCCUUGGGAAGGAGAAAGGAUCCAUGAGGAAUGUGUAUCUGAUGAUCUUGAACUUACACUGGGAAACUCUAGAACCAGAUAAAGAAUAUUUGUAUAAGAGGUAUGGGGGAAUUGUCCAGUGUCUUGAUUUGGCUUCGUCAUUCCUUGUGCAAAAUUCAACUUCAAAUUAUCUAGUAUUUUCAGUUGGCAAGGCAGCUGAUAUAGAAGUACAGUAAGUAGGAGUAUCUUGCUCUUUUCUUUUCUUUUUUUUUUUUCU